AUGUCGUACGUUUCGUACGACAAAGAGAAGCUAGAGGCGAUGGGCCUCGGCCCGUCGUCGCCGACCAACGUCUCCAUCCGCUUCGACGCCGAGGGCGGCUCGUUAUCCGCCAGUGCCGGCGCAGCGCGGAGUCUGCGUCGUGUACUCACACGACGUGUCCGCCUCGUCCUUCUCGGCAUGGGCGCCCUAGCCCUAGUGUUCUACAUGAUGACGCCUGGGGACAACGAGCCACCUCCUGCCCUCUCAAAAGGCAAGGGCAAGGGCCCAUCACGGACCAAGGGCACACGCCCUCGACCAGCGGGCGGCGCGCCCGCCCCCAACAAACUCAAGCGGCCGGGAGGCGACCGACCCGCGCCUCCUCCACCACCAAAUCUCGAGGUGGACAUGGUACACGACGCCGACCAUCCAGAAUACUUCGUUCUCGACGAGAACGGGGACCAGUUCAUGCCUAAUGUCAAGCAGGUUUAUGCUCCACUCCAUCCAAAUGACGGGGAUUAUCGCGCUCCGGAGCGCCUGUUCUCCGAGGUUGACGAGGAUAUUCUCGUUGCACCCAAGACCGAACCCUUCCCACAAUCUAGGAUGCGCGAGAUCGUGUCUGACGCUCCUGCUGAGGACGAGAAAGAGGGCCAUAAGCUGCCCAAGGACGCCUUCUCGGUUACUUGGAAGGGGCCCAAGGACUGGAACAAGCCCGGACCGGGGACUAGCAAGAUCCAAUGGCCUGGGUUUGCGAACGGUACCGAGUGGGAGACCAAGGAGCAGAUGGAGGUGCGUGAGGCGCGCCGGGAAGCCGUCAAGCGCGGGUUCAUGUUUGCAUGGCAGAAGUACAAGGACCAUGCCUGGGGACACGAUGAGGUUAAGCCCGUUUCUAUGGAUGUGUCGGAUCCUUUCAAUGGUUGGGGCGCAUCCAUCGUUGACACACUCGACACGCUGCUCAUCAUGGGCUUCCAAGAAGAGUACAACCUCGCGCGGCCGUUUGUCAACCAGCUCAACUUCCACUGGGUCAAAGGGCGCGACUGGUCGCAGGGGUACAUCUCACCCGAGUCUGAGAAGGACGCCAACGGCGAGAACUGGAUGAUCACGCGCGACAAAACCGCCGGCAUGCAGGUCUUUGAGACGGGAAUCCGGUAUCUCGGUGGUUUGCUCGGUGCGUUCGACCUGUCGGGAGACAAGAUCAUGCUGGAGCGCGCCGUCGACCUCGCAAACGUACUCAAGAAGGCGUUCAACACUGCGUCUGGAUUACCGCAGGGCAGCAGGAUGGACCCGGGGCAAAAGGGCGCGUUGCAGCUGUUUUCCGUCUCGAUCGCCGAGGUGGGGAGCAUGUCGCUCGAGCUCAUCCGCCUGGGUCACGCGACCAAGGAGAGGGAGUGGUUCGACCUCGCACAGCGCGUGACCGACUUCAUUGAGGAGAACGUUGCGCCGCGCUCCAAGUAUCCGCCGCUCAUCCCUAUGCGCUUCUCGCCUGACUCGGCCGCAGCCGUCGACGGCACGUUUUCGUUUGGCGCGAUGACCGACUCGUACUACGAGUACCUCAUCAAGGCGUACAAGCUGCUCGGUGGUGGUUCUCUCGGCGAGCAGUACAAGCGGCUGUACACCAAGUCCAUUGACGCUGCAUCGAAGCUCCUCUUCACGGACAUCACCGUCAUGCCAGAGCGUGACCUCUUCACCAUUGGCAAGUGGGAGAACAACCAGCUCAAACACGAGGUCGAGCACUUGACUUGCUUUGCCGGCGGCAUGCUGGGAAUGGGUGCGGUUCUGCUCGAUCGCGAGGACGAUCUCGUGGCAGGCAUGAAGUUUACCAACACGUGCUUCUGGAUCUCACAGCACUUGAGCAUGGGCAUCCAGCCCGAGGUUGUCCUCUUUUUCAAUCCCAACGACCCGGACCUGUACGUCAAUAUCACCACCGGAGGGCGGCGGUACCACCCACCUCAGCACGAGACGAUCGACGACGAUAAUGCCAAUCACGCCAAGAUGUUCAAGGAUCAAGGUGGGACAUGGCGCUGGCGCGACGACGACUCGGCCAUUGCAGAGGACUCUGGGCGCGGCGUCGGCCUCCCGAUCCGGUACUACAAGCACCUGAAUGGCUCGCCGCCAGGUAUGAAGAAGACCACGCCGUACUACAUCAACCGACCCGAGACGAUCGAGAGUGUCUUCUACAUGUUCCGCCUCACUGGCGACCGCAAGUGGCAAGAAAAGGGUUGGAAGAUGUUCGCGGCGUGGAUGGAGGCCGCCACCGUCGACGGCGGUAUCAGCAGCAUCAAGGACGUGACCAAGCCCCAGGGUCAGGCCGAGCACGGUGACAACAUGGAGAGCUUCAUGUUCGCCGAGACGUUCAAGUACCACUAUCUGCUUCAGAGCGAGCCCGACUUGAUCAGCCUCGACGACUACGUGCUCAACACGGAGGCGCACACAUUGAUUGCGAACCAGGCCUUGCGACCAGGCGCGAGCGGACUAUGGAAGGAGGUGACGCAAGAUCUUGGCGUGCAGGGCGAGGGCACCGACGUGCAGAAGUGGAUGCGGCUUAAGGCGCUGGAACCGCACCGCCGCGUCGCGGGACAGCCCAAGCGCGGCGCCGCUGGGGGAAAUGAGGCGCCGCGUCGUGGGGGUAGUGGUAUGGGCGGCGGCGGUGGCGACCCACAAUUCAAGCCGCAGCCGCCUGGCGCGGCUUUCGCAAAGGUCAAGAACCAGGAUAAGGACAAGAAGGCACCAGCCACGCCCGCCGACGGAGACAAGCAGAAUCCCGUCAAGGCCGACUAG